ACAAGAAAAACAGAGUCUAAAUCAGAAGAGAAAAAAAAUAUAAUUGUAUAUUGGGUGAUAAAUUCGAAAUGAAUGGAAAUUAAUAUAAUUGAAUAAAAAUUACCCAAAAGAGUAAAUGUGAAAAAGCGAUAGAGAGUGAGAGAGAAAGAGAGAGUGGAAAAAAUUAAAGAAAUCAUGUGUGAUUUGUGAAACUGUGGGCGUGGAAAAUUCGUUAAGUGAAAUUAUAAUACCAAAAAAAAAAGAAAAAAAGAAAAAAAGAAAAAAAACGAAAAUAAAAAAUGCCAAUUCCAUGUACACGACAAAAGUAAAAACCAAUAAAGAAAGAGUAUAAAUUGCUAAGGAAAAAAAAUUAAAAAUUCUUGCCAAACGCGCAAAAGGAAGUCCAAGUGUAGAAUGGAGCAAACUGUGCUCCUUCUGCUCCUCCUGCCGCUGAUGGUGGUGAUGAUGAGCGGCAGUCGAGCUGCCCUUGUCCCCAAGGAACGCGGUAAUAGCGACAACAGUGCCAGCGCCAUGCUGGGCGGUGGAGCCGGAGCAGCCACCGUAUCCCUGUCCAGUGAUUACUCCUCGCUGCUAUCGGCAGCCGUGCCGGUUGCCUCAUCGCCUGCUCCAGUCCACAGUGGGCCAAAUAAUCAAUGUUCCUGGACAUAUAAUGGCACCAGUGCGGUGCACUGUGCCCUUAGGCUGAUUGAGCGACAGCCGGGUCUAGAUUUACAGGGAGCCGAUGGCAGUAGCCAGUUGACCAUCAAAUGCAGUGACUUGUAUAUGUUUGAGUCAACGCUCCCGGUGGCUGUGUUCGCUCGUCUUCAGACGCUGGAAAGUUUGCGCCUGGAGUCGUGUAAGCUGCUGCAAUUGCCCAACAAUGCCUUCGAGGGUCUAACCACUCUCAAGUCACUCAGGCUGAGUACUCGCAACGGCGAAUGGGGUCCGUCCAAGGCCUUGGAGCUGUAUCCGGACUCGUUAAAUGGACUGAAGCAGCUCACCGAGCUGGAUCUAAGCGAGAAUAAUUUGCGUGCCCUGCCAGCUGGUUUCCUGUGUCCGGUGGGCAAUCUACAGAGUCUCAAUCUGACACGCAAUCGCAUACGCACUGCGGAGCAAUUGGGAUUCGCGGACAUGAAUUGCAGUGGAGGCAGUGAGCUACAGCUCCUGGACGCCAGCCACAAUGAGUUGCGUUCCAUUACGGAAAGCUGGGGCAUCUCGCGUCUGAGGAGAUUACAACAUUUGAAUCUGCAGCACAAUAAUAUCUCAGAGCUCUCUGGCGAGGCAUUGGCUGGCCUAUCAUCGCUGAGGAUUGUGAAUUUGAGUAAUAAUCAUAUGGAAACUCUGCCAGAGGGUCUUUUUGCUGGUUCCAAGGAAUUACGAGAAAUUCAUUUGCAGCACAAUGAGUUGUACGAACUGCCCAAGGGUCUGUUCCAUCGUCUGGAGCAAUUGCUGGUGGUUGAUCUGUCGGGCAAUCAGUUAACCUCCAACCAUGUGGACAAUACAACAUUUGCGGGACUCAUUCGUCUCAUUGUCCUUAAUUUGGCACAUAACGCUUUAACUCGCAUCGAUUAUCGCACCUUCAAAGAGUUGUAUUUCCUGCAGAUACUUAAUUUGCGUAACAAUUCCAUUGGCCACAUCGAAGAUAAUGCCUUUUUGCCUCUGUAUAAUCUGCAUACACUUAAUCUUGCCGAGAAUCGUCUUCACACACUGGAUGACAAACUCUUCAAUGGCCUCUAUGUGCUCUCCAAGUUGACACUGAAUAAUAAUCUAAUUAGUGUCGUGGAGCCAGCUGUCUUCAAGAAUUGUUCGGAUCUAAAGGAAUUGGAUCUCAGUUCGAAUCAAUUGAAUGAAGUACCACGAGCUCUGCAAGAUUUGGCCAUGUUACGUACUUUAGAUUUGGGCGAGAAUCAAAUCAGGACUUUUGAUAAUCAGAGUUUCAAGAAUUUGCAUCAGUUGACUGGUCUGCGUUUGAUUGAUAAUCAAAUUGGCAAUAUUACUGUCGGCAUGUUUGCCGAUUUGCCACGCUUGAGUGUCCUCAAUUUGGCCAAGAAUCGCAUUCAGAGCAUUGAGCGUGGUUCGUUCGAUAAGAAUUUCGAAUUGGAGGCCAUACGAUUGGAUAGAAAUUUUCUCUCCGACAUUAAUGGAGUGUUUGCCACUUUGGUGUCGCUUCUGUGGUUGAAUCUUUCGGAAAAUCAUUUGGUUUGGUUCGAUUACGCCUUCAUUCCCUCGAAUCUCAAGUGGCUGGAUAUUCAUGGUAAUUAUAUCGAAGCACUGGGCAACUACUACAAACUGCAAGAGGAGAUCAGAGUGAAGACCCUUGAUGCCAGUCACAAUCGCAUCACGGAAAUUGGUCCCAUGUCCAUACCGAAUACCAUCGAGCUGCUGUUCAUCAACAACAAUCUCAUUGGAAAUGUACAACCGAAUGCCUUUGUGGACAAGGCAAAUCUGGCUCGUGUGGAUCUCUAUGCCAAUCAGUUGAGUAAGCUGCAACUCCAACAGCUGAGAGUGGCCCCGGUGCUGGCCCCUAAACCACUGCCUGAGUUCUAUUUGGGUGGUAAUCCCUUUGAGUGUGAUUGCACCAUGGAUUGGUUGCAACGCAUCAACAACCUAACUACACGCCAGCAUCCCAGGGUUAUGGAUAUGCCCAAUAUUGAGUGUGUGAUGCCUCAUGCCCGUGGAGCUGCAGUGCGUCCGCUAAGUUCAUUGCGACCUCAGGAUUUCCUAUGCCGCUACGAAUCCCAUUGCUUUGCCCUCUGCCAUUGCUGUGAUUUUGAUGCCUGCGAUUGUGAGAUGACUUGCCCUCACAAUUGUACUUGCUAUCACGAUCAAAUUUGGUCCACCAAUGUCGUCGACUGUGGCGGACAACAGACCAUGGAACUGCCCCGUCGUGUGCCCAUGGACUCGAGCAUUGUCUACUUGGAUGGCAAUAAUUUUCCUGUGCUCAAGAAUCAUGCCUUCAUCGGACGUAAGAACCUGAAAGCUUUGUAUGUAAAUGGUAGCCAAGUGGCUGGCAUACAGAAUCGCACGUUUGCUUCCCUUGCCUCGCUGCAGUUGCUCCAGCUGGCCGAUAAUCGUCUGCAGGUCCUGCAUGGCUAUGAAUUCGAACAACUGUCGUCGCUGCGUGAACUCUAUUUGCAAAAUAAUCAACUCACAACUAUUGAGAAUGCCACACUGGCCCCGCUGGUCUCUUUGGAAGUGCUGCGCAUCGAUGGCAACCGCUUGGUCACUUUACCCAUCUGGCAAAUGCAUGCCACUCAUUUUGGGAAACGUUUGCGUUCCAUUUCCCUGGGACGCAAUCAGUGGAGCUGUCGCUGUCAAUUCCUGCAGGCUCUGACUUCGUAUGUCUCUGACAAUGCUAUAAUUGUGCAGGAUGCCCAGGAUAUCUACUGCAUGGCAGCAUCGAAUUCAGCUAAUUACGAUGUGGAUGCCUACGAUGCGAAUGGCUCACAGGGUACGCUACAGAAACGCGAAUUGGACUUUAAUUCAACGGGAGCUGCCUGCACUGAUUACUAUUCAGGAGGUUCAAUGCUUCAACAUGGCAUACCAGAGUCAUAUAUUCCCCUUCUGGCUGCUGCUCUCGCCUUGGUGUUCCUUUUGGUGGUCAUCAUUAUUGUUUUCGUCUUCAGAGAGUCUCUGCGCAUUUGGUUAUUUGCUCACUAUGGGGUACGUGUCUUUGGACCACGUUGUGAAGAAUCGGAAAAGCUAUACGAUGCCGUUCUAUUGCAUUCGGCCAAGGAUUCAGAAUUUGUGUGUCAACAUUUGGCUUCCGAGCUGGAAACUGGACGUCCUCCUCUACGUGUGUGCCUACAGCAUCGAGAUCUCGCCCAUGAUGCCACUCACUAUCAGUUGCUGGAGGCAACCAGAGUGUCGAGGCGAGUGGUAAUCCUACUUACCCGUAAUUUCCUGCAAACCGAAUGGGCUAGAUGUGAACUACGUCGUUCGGUGCACGAUGCUCUGCGUGGACGUCCUCAGAAGCUGGUCAUUAUUGAGGAGCCCGAAGUGGCCUUCGAAGCGGAAAGCGACAUUGAAUUGCUGCCCUAUCUUAAGACCUCGGCAGUGCAUCGAAUUCGUCGUACAGAUCGUCAUUUCUGGGAGAAAUUGCGUUAUGCUCUGCCCGUCGAUUAUCCCACAUAUCGUGGAAAUAACUAUACAUUGGAUCACAAUCACGAGCGAAUCAAGCAGCCAGCCAGUCCAGGCUUGCUCUAUCGUCAGGCUCCGCCUCCAGCUUACUGUGGUCCGGCAGAAGGUGGCCCCGCGGCUGCUGCUGCUGCAGCUGCUGCCGUAGAGCAAAAUUACUCCACGGCCACCACAGCCACACCCAGCCCCAGGCCACAGCGACGUGGCGAUCAUCAAGGCGGCGGUGGCUCUGGUUCUAGUUCUCAUGGUCAUCACUUGCAUGCCCAAUACUAUCAGCAUCAUGGCAUGCGUCCACCAUCGGAGCAUAUCUACUCGAGCAUCGAUUCAGACUACUCCACGCUGGACAAUGAGCAGCAUAUGCUGAUGAUGCCCAAUGGCCCGCCCUCAAUGGAGGGUCAGAGGGCCCAAACUUGGCGUCCCAAGCAGCAGCAGCAACAGCAGCAGCCACCAAAUGCCAUGGGUCAUGCCGGCACUUUGGGUCCCAGCUCCAAUUUGGCCAAGGCAACUUCUCAACAGCAGCAGCAGCAACAACAACAGCAACAGCAACAACCAACUGGUUCAGGUCAGCAACAGGGUCCACAUGUCCAGGCGUAUCUUGUGUAGAGUUUAAAUUCUGACAGAGUGACAGUGAUUUCUUUAGGGACUGGUUCCUGUGCAUAAUUUUAAUUACUAAAAUAUGUGCGAGUUUUUUUAGGCUAAGAGAUUAAAAACGACAGACAGAUAGACAGAGAAAGAGAGAGAGAGAGAGAGAAAAAAGCUAGUGAGAAACAGUGAGAGAGAGUGAUAGAGACAGAGGGAACGAACGGGCGGGAGGCUAGGCGGAAAAACUACUCAACUCGUAAUUCUAAUGUUAUCCCCAAGCAGGAAGCGAAGCAUAGAACAUAAUUUUCUUUUUGUUUAUCCAGUGUAAAGUCAUUUUCAGUUGCACUAAACAAACAAUAUUCAUAGACACAAGAUACAGAUGCAUUUAGUAGUGGUGUCUAAGGGAGCGAGUGUCUGUGUGUGUGUGUUUAUAUAGCGGACACAGAUGUAGCCCAAGUCCCAGUGAUGGGGUGAGGGGAUGCAGGGCCUUGACAAUGUCAAGUUGUGUGUUUGUGUGUGUUCUAAAAGCAAGGAAUGGUGAGGGGAAUGAAGAAGGGAGAGAACGAGAGAAACAUGCGAGUACAAUGCCAUUUGAAAAGUUUCAAAACUUUUCCCAGAGUAAACUUAGUUGAGCAAUCCCUCCUUUUCUCUUCCUUCCUCUCCGCUCUUCAUUUGCUUAGCUGCAAAUUGCAUUUAAGAAAUUUUCAGAUAACUUUUUAAUAUGGUUUUAAUCAGUUAGACCAAAAACUAUUUGCUAACUCAGGAGAAAAAGAUUCAUAAAGUUCAGUUUACCAAAAGGCCACCAAGAAAGUCACUGGUAAAGUCAUCUUUUGUCACACACACACACUCUCACUCUUGCCAAGGCAUUUUCUCUAUAUAUUGUAAAUAGCACAAGAAAAAAGAAAACCAUGAAAAAUUAAAUUAUAUAUAACAAGAAAACUCUCUAUGUAUACAGGAAUUCCAUACAUAAGUACUCAGUAUACAUACAUACAUAUAUGUAAAAUCGAUGAAAAUAAUUCAAUAAUCAACUACAGCCACACACACAGAUGUAAAUGUUAUGCAAUACACACACACAC